AUGGCCUCCCUAGGGGUCAGGCAUCUGUCUCAAGCCUGGGUUUUGUUGGUCGCGUCUACCCUGAUCCAAUGCGGCUCGGCUCAGUUCUGCUCCUUUUGGAACAACGGAUGUAUCGACCCGCUUGCCCAGACCGCCGUGGCGUUCAAUUUCCCGCCUCUAUUUCUCAACCCUCUCACCCUCUUCUACUCCUUCGAUUCGAGCUCGUCCGGUAAAGGGGAAGGUCCCAUGACCAAGACCGCGUUUUGGCUCGGAUAUCAAGAUCACAACAUCGACCCGCAUGUCGUCGACACGAACCGCACCUCGGAGGUGGCUUUACGAGUCGGGAAUUUGACCGGCACACCGAUGGGACCGAACAAUGGAUGUGAUGGUAUCUGGGGUCCUGCUUGUUCUCACGAUAUUAAGACUGCUUUGCAAGGUACCAUGUAUGAACUUGCGACGUCGGGCGAUUAUUAUCACCAACCUUUGGCAACAGCUUUGGACCAGUUCAUGAUGACUCCGCCAAUGCUGCCCUCUUGCGGUGCGCCUGUCUUUGACGUCGCCGCCAUUCCUGUGCAGGACUUUGUCUAUGAACAAGCCCCUUCCCAGGAGGUCACAAUCAUGAAGACAGGAUCAAGUUAUCACCCUUGGCAGGUUUGGUAUCUUGAUCAGAUGACCGACACCCAACAAGCCUCCCAGGUCGCGGUGGGUAUUAUCAGUCGUUGUCCAAGCUUUGACUCUGCGCCACCGCUUAGCCCAGAUGACAUUCAAAUCGAGCUCGUAUGCCUACAGGCACCCCAAGGUCCGCCAACAGGAUCCGGUUCCCCCAAUGAUCAUGAUUGA